UCAAAAGCAGUCGUGCUUACCAAAAAUAUAUAUCAUUCGAAAUAACAUGAAACUCAAUAUCUUUUUUGCUGUGUAAAUCGACACCAGCAAUUCAGCGAACGAGGUGGAUGCGGCCGAAAGCGAAACCAGACGACCUUGUCUCGAUGCGUUGGGUUGCGGUUAGGUUACGCAAUGGAUGAGGGCAAGAAAAAGGCAGGCGAAGCGGCCGCAGCAGCCGCAGCAGCCAAAGAAGCUGCGGCAUCAGCUGCUCAGGCGGCCAAGGGAAAAGCGGCAGGAGCCAAGGAAGCGGCAGGAGCGGCGGCCACUGCGGCCAAGGAUAAGGCAGGAGCAGCAGCGGCAUCCGCCAAAGAGAAAGCCGCGGGAGCAGCAGUGGCUGUCCAGCAGAGUGCAUCCAAUGCUGCCAUUGCGGCCAGGAAAAAAGCAUCCAGUGCAGCCGAAUACACGCAAGACGCAGCAGCAGCAGCUAAGGAUAAAGUUGCCACUGCAGCAGCAACUGCCAAGUCGAAAGUCACAAGGCCAAGCAGGGAGUAAAGCUAGCUAUUCAGGGAAUGCCAAAUUCACGAUGUGUUGCAUGAUGUAAAAACUGCGAAGCAUUGGCAAAUGCGUUGCAGAUUUGAGCCGCGUCAGCAGCAACAGAAGCUGCAACAUAAUUAAAUACCAUUCGGCUCAAAUGGCUGGACAUCAGCAGCAGCAGCAGCAGCAGCG